AUGGGUCACUUGUCAGCUUUAGGUCCUAUCAUUAUCUUGGUGAUGUGGAUUGAGACAUUCGCUGCAGCCAUUUUUGUAGGGCUGCGGAUGUACACUCGAUACUACAUCGUUCAAGCUACGGGGUAUGAUGAUUGGCUUAUUGUCGCCAGUCUUGUCUUGUUCGUGGCAUAUACAGCUUUCUGUACGGCGGCAGCCACCCAAGGAUUGGGAUCUCAUUUUGCCGAUAUCACGCCUGCUCAAUUUGUCAUGUCGAACAAGAUGGAAAUCGCUGGCCAAACAUGCAAUAUCAUUGCCAUCGCCACCAGCAAGUCCGCCGUAGCUGUAUUUCUCCUGCGCCUCGUCGUUUUUCCCUGGCAUAAAGUCUUCCUCUGGGUUUGUAUCGUCAGUACAUUUAUUGUCUGUAUCUCCUGCGCCCUUCUCGACUUCUUCCAAAGUUCUCCCAUUGCGGCAGUCUUUGAUCCAUCACUCCCUCACACUGUCAACUUCAAUUUCACAGCGAAUGCAAUUUUCUCGGGAAGCUAUACAGCGAUGAUGGAUUUUACUCUGGCAUUGUUUCCAUGGUACUUUCUGGCGCCUGUUCAACUCAAAAAGAAGGAGAGGUUGACUAUUUCCUUCGGUCUCACGUUGGGUGUUUUUGCGGGAAUGUGUGGUAUUGUUCGGGCCAUUGAGCUAGGAGGUCUGGCAUCUCGAACCGAUUAUACUUAUGACACAGUACCUCUCAUUCUUUGGGGCUCCAGCGAACUUCUUGUCGCCAUAGUAUGUGCCUGCAUUCCCGUUCUUCGACCACUCUACAAGCGACUCCGAGGCCAAACAAAGUCUUCCGACGAAGGAAGUGGUCCCUAUCCCAACAAAAGCGGAAGCAAAUCAGGGGGUGGAUAUGCAUUAAGUUCAUUGCGUCGCGAUGAGUUCUCCGCGAACGAAAGGAGUCGAGGAGGUGGAAAGUCAAGUUAUAACACGCAAGUGAAUAGUGAGAGAAAUGCGUCGGGGAUGGAUAAUGGAAGUGAUGAGAGCAUAUUGAGAGAGGCAUGGAGAUUUGGGAUCAAGGAGACGGUGGAGGUUGAUGUUAGCUAUGGGAGAGAGGGGGAGGUUGACGAGGAGAUGGGGGUGCCGCAGGGCGUGAGUGUGCGUGGGGGAAGCAGAGAUGUGAGGGGAGGAGAAAGGGCUCCGAGUGUACAUGGCUUUUAA